AUGAAAGCCAUUGGGGUCAAAUACCUCCAUUUCUUCUAUGGAAUGAGUGCCAUAUUAUGGGCAUGUGUUGUAGUUAGAAGUUUGCUUUUACUUCCUUUGGUUGGUCUUCGCUUUUUCCCCGGUGGAGUAGCAGAUUUCUACCUUUCUAUAGCGAUUGGAAAUGUUGUCCUUGAAAACAUCAACCAUGUUAUAUUUUGCCGAAAGUUGAACUACAUAUUGGCUUUGGAGCUCAUAGGGAGGCUCUUUAUUGGGCUUGGAGUUAUCUUGAAUUAUCCUAUCAUAGCCAAGAAUGCUGCAUUUCCCACACUAGUUCUAUCACAGGGUAUAAUAGAAUUGUUCAGAUACAGCUACACAAGUUACAAACUAAAAUUCAGAAUACCCAAGUCGUUCAACUACCUAUACUUGGCAGUUAUACUGGUUGGAUAUUCUGUCAAGACGCUAAGCGAGAUGGUUUUGAUGUUUUUGAGCCUGGGAUAUGCCGAUGACAGAUUUGGUACGUUCAUAAAAAUAGUUCUUUUGGUCUACAUUCCAUCUGCCUAUAUGUUUUUCAAGCACUCAUACGCCAGGAGGGGAUGA